UUCAUUUUUUUUGUUAAUUAUUUUUUUGUUUUCUUUAUAAACCUGAUUCAUAUUUUGAGUCGGUUAUAUUGAGGACAUAAGAAGUAAGUGCAUAAACCGACAACAAAAGGAAUACGAGAUCAAAUCAAACUUUCUACGGAAAGUAACUUUCUUUCUUUGGAAAGAGAAUAUUGUAUGGAUCGUGAAGAAAAGGUUUCAAUAAAAGGGGACGAACCAACGGUUCAUCAAAAGGGCCGAAGGAGUCUUUACACUCAUUCUGAUGCAACAAGUACAUUAUUGAAUCAAGGAUUGAACCUUUUAACCAUUACCACGUCAGACAAUUGUAAUAACAAUAAUAAUGACGCCGGGUCAGUUGAUCAAGAACGUUCUAGUAUUGGAAACGGAUUGACUGACCCUAAAUGUCACAAGGUUAAUUGUACCUAUGUGACUGACGUUGAACACGGCGAAUCAUCAUUCGCAAGCGGCAAUGGCUGCUAUGAAAGCGACGAUGAGUCCACAAGCUCAGAAGACGAUGCUGAUGAGGAUGAUAGUGAUGAUUAUUUGUCACAUCUUCACAAAAAUAACAACAGCAACGGCACGUGGACAAUUAAAAAUGGCUACAAUUUGACAACGUUUGAUCAGCUUGAAUGCCGCGGCAAGUGGAGCAACGAUUUGCCGUUACCACUUCCAAUGUGGUCCAAAAAUAGCAAGCCAGCUUUGGUCAUUGAAAAGAUCUAUGAUUAUGAAGAUAUUGUGGCACAUAUCGAAACAACAUUACAGCAUAUGAUACAAGAGACACAUUAUGAUACUGUCAAUAAUUUCGUAGAUUUUUACCAGUCCUAUAAGAAUGCUCGUACCAAGAACUUGGGUGAAUUCUUUAAAGGAUAUUCGCCAAAGAUAAAUCGUCAAAAUCACAUGUGCGUCAGCUUGGCAAUGGAAAUUGUUUCUCGCGUUGCAAUUUUACGUCCUGACAUUGCAAAUCAUUUCUUUUUGGUGUCAUGUGAGGAAGCUGUCGAGGAUACAAUUUCAUAUAUCGCACACUGCGAACAAACAAAUAUAGAAUCAGCAGCUUGGAACCUUGAGAAAGAGCAUGCAUUAGUUGCCAUGAAAAUAGUUGUUGCUGGUCGUGAAGGAAUGUUAAUUUUAGAUCCAGGUUAUCAUGUUGCACGUGUAGUGACUGUAAUGAAAGAUCAAAAUUAUCCACAUACUGGAAUUUUUGUACAGUCUGAUGAGAUUGGAUGUAAACGUGAAUAUUGGUAUACAUUCUCACAUAACAGCGAUCAAUUUAUUUCUUGGAAUGAAAGAACAACAAGAAAUGGUCAACAAAAGUAUGAAGUUUCACUCAUUUAUGUUGGUCGUCAUUAUAGAAGUGCUGUCGACGUAACAGUACGAAGAAAUCUCGUCUAUGAGUUCCGUUCAUUACUUUCGAGAGAUGCUAAAGGACGUGUAUUUGCUGGGAUUUAUUUCCCCGUAUUGGCAAACACUGCUGACGCUAACAUUACGAUUUUUUAUGACGAAGGAAUUAACAACAAAAUUUUCAAACUUAAAGUCAAAUUUUCUGCAUUCAAAGAUAUUAAUAAUAUUCCUGAUAAUUUAAUGUGUCAUCUUACCAUAUUAGCAUCGCAAUUACGUAUGGAACUUCCAACAUUAAUCAACACGUUAAAGAAUUCUGCAGAUAUUGUAGCUGAUAGUGAUUUCGUUGCGCAAAUGCUUUCGAUAAACGAUGGUAUAUCUGAACUCUCAGCCGAUAACUAAUCCAGAUAAUAUAUAUUUAAUAACCAUGUUUAAUGACUUACUAUAUUCCCCUAUUUGAUUUAUAUUAUAUUAUUAUAUAUUCAUAUGAAUACAAUUAUUAUCUUACAAUAGAAGUAACCUAACGUAGUUCUUUUGAAACUUCUCUGUAGCACUCAAUAGAUGCUUCUUCAAAAAAAAAACAUAUAUUCGAC